CCCUCGUGCCUCUGAAAUGCUGACGUUGACAACAUGAAGCAAGAGUCGGAAAGCCCAGAGCACGAUGGAGAUAGGUAACGGGGGGCGAUGACACUAAAUGUGAAGGUUCUGGGAUCUCCUCUGUCACUGCUUCCUGCUGCCCCUUUCCCUCUGGGAUCCACUGCCCCGGCUUCUCCUCCCUCCUCCUCCUUUCUCCGCUCAGCUCUCGGGUCCCUGUGUACGCACUCGCCUUGGGUGCACCUUGUUCCCUGGCCGUGGGAAAGGAACAGCUGAGUGCCUUGGGGACGAGACCCUCCUGAGCUCCUCACUGGGAGAAUCAUGACCUGGCUCUGCUGGGAAGCGAGGGCUCUCCUGCCAGCACCUCCCCUUUCUGGGAAGAGACGGUCCUCACUCACGGCCAUCCCUUCCUCCCCUUUCCAUUCCCUCCUCUUUUAUUCCUGCCCCAGACUCCCACCUCUGCCCCCUAUAAAGGCUCAUGUAGGCCCCUGCGGGACAUAUUGAUCCAGACCAGCCAGAGGCCUGGGAUCAGAAGCCGAUGCUGUCCAGGGUUUCAGGGUCUUCCCCCUCCCACAGAUGUAAUGUUGCCCUCCAGCCUCUCCAAGUGGCUCUUCUACUGCCUGCUGCUCCCAGAUCUGGUCCUGGGCCAGAUUACCAAAUGGAUCACUCCUCCCCAGAUCUCCUGCCCAGAAGGAUCCAAGAUCUAUGGCUCCCACUGCUACGCAGUAUUCCAGGAACCCCAAACCUGGACCGCUGCAGAGCUGAAGUGUCAAAUGCUGACCUCCGGCCAUCUCCUGUCCUUGAUGAAUGAGUCCGAAGCCUCCUUUGCGGCCGCUCUGGCCACCCAGAGUCUCGGACACAACCGGAGUUACCUCUGGAUCGGCCUUCACGACCCCUCCCAGAACCGCCGCUGGCACUGGAGCGACAAUGCCAUGCUUACCUUAAAUACCUGGGAGAAAGGAGCCCCCGCGAAAACCACCCUCAGGUUCUGCGUGAGUCUGUCCCCACGCUCAGAGUACCUACUGUGGAAGGAUCAACACUGCAACGAGGAGCUUCCCUUUAUCUGCAAGUUCUCAGUCUAGAGGACUUAAGAGCACCUGGAGGCUGAAGAGAGCAGGGAACUGAGUAUGAAAUCACCAUGGAGCUAGGAAUGGACUCAGGAGACCAGGAGUCCAGCCUCCCAAAGAAACUUCUCCUCCUCUUCCUUGCCUUCCUUUCCUCUUUGUCUCUUCCUUCCCCUUAUUCUCUCUUCUUCGCUCUUUCUUUUUCUUCUCUCACCUCCUCCUUCCAUUUCUUCUUCUCUCUUCUUGCCUACCCUUUCCUUUCUCUCAUUCCUUCCUCUUCCUUCCCUUUCCUACUCCUCUUCCUUCCCUCCUCUUCCCCUCUUUUCUUCUUCUCCUCUUCCUUCUCCUCCCCUCUUUUUCUUUUCCUUCCUUUCCUCCUCUUCCUUUUUAUGUUCCCCAAUUUCUCCCCUCCCUUCUUUCCUCAUCCAAAUUUCUAUAUGGAUUUUAUGGCCCUAACCCUAACCCUAACUCUAAAAACAUCAAAAUAAAAUUUUGUCUUCUU